UAAUUAUUAUUAUUAUUAUUAUUAUUAUUAUUAUUAUUUCGUUUUUGAUCAGUGCAGAAGGCGAAUGUUAACACCAAAAUGCUGAUAAAUCAAAUUGCACAAAUCCUAACAAAACAAAUCACUGAAAGCCUGAGAUAUUUCCUAUUUAAUAUUCGCACUUUUUUAUAUAUCUCCGUAGAGUUUUUUUUUUUUUUUUAGUUUUUAUUUAGUUUAUUGUUUUAUUUAUUCAUCAGUUCAUUCAAAGGCUGAACUGAGUAAAUGUGUCAAGAGUGAUUUCUUUACCCACUGUCUCCAUUAGAGGGCGUCCAGUCAGCCCGGACUGAGUAGAGGCAUUGGGUGCAGUAGGAUUACACCAGUUUAAAAAAAAAAACACAUUUGGGUCACGUCAAAGGAACCAGCACUAAUAUUAGAGGCUGCUGCUUUCAGAAGAGCUGCCAAGCAGCGCCGCAUAAAGGCAUCUUAGCCAGGGGAUAGUCUGUCACAAGGACUGGAAAGCCAGGUUUUUCACGGGUGACAUUUAACGUCACACGCGUUGUCAAGACGGAGGGGCUUCUCCGUGCGUAACGCAGAUACGCUGGAUCCACACUCCUCAAACCAUGAGUACUUGCAAGUGUGUAAUUUGAAGGCGACAUAUGCACUCUUCUGCAGAUAUGUCUUUCUUAACCAUACCAAGCCAAGAGGGCCUUUUCAAAACGAUUAAAACCAGCAAGUCGGCCGGAGAGGCGGAGGGUCAUUCACGCACGGACGCCGCUGAGAAAAACGACGAUGAGGAGGAUGAUGAGGACGAUGAUGACACCGAUGAUGUCCGGUUCAUCCCCAGGUGUUCCCCGGUGCCCAGAAAGCGGGGCGCGUCCAUCUUCGACGAGACAGCCGAGUACAUGCGGAUCCACCAGGCGCUCUCUGCAGGAAAGCGGGUCUCGUUCGCCGACACAACAGGUGGAGAUCUGGUGGAUGUGCGCGAAUUCGUAGCCUUCGACUCGGACGAGGAAGACACCGAAAAGUGGCAGGAGGAGGAGGCGAAAUACCGCAAAGCAGAGCGGGAGCCGACCUAUCGAGUGCACCCGGAGUUCCACGUUCCCAGCGGCGGCGUCCUGCUACAGGCUGUGCGCUCCAACAAAGUGGAAGUUGAACGGAUAUCCCCAUUAGAGGACGAGCCGCUUGCAUUCAGUGGAGUAAUUCGAGUCCUGAACAUCUCCUUCCACAAAGCGGUGUACAUCAGAUCAACCAUGGACAGCUGGGGCACUUACUUUGAUCACCCUGCAGAGUACGUGUUUGGAUCUAACGUCGACAACACUGAUCAGUUCUCCUUUAAGCUGUCUUUUGCACCACCGUACACCACGCACGGCUCACGCAUUGAGUUUGUCGUGCGCUAUGAAACCUCGGUUGGUGAUUACUGGGCCAAUAACUUUUCCAGGAAUUACGCUGUGACGCUGCUUUUGUCCUAUGAAGAUGAUACAGCCCAGACCAGCACUGAUAUGGCACAAAAAAGAAGCAUCCUGAAGAGUCCGAAAGUCUACAGCCUGACAUCAGAGGAAGAUCAGGAGGAAGGAGAAGAGGAACCAGAGAGUUUAACAGCAGAACUAGUCAGGCCAUCAGCUGCGUGUCCAGUCAUCAUUCAUCCUGAGAUCGAUGUGGAGAAACCCGUUCAUCAGUCCAGGUCCCUCCGCCACAUCUCAACACAGGCCACUAUCUACCGGCGCCACACUGUCCACACUGUCCACACUGUCCACACCCGCUGCACCUUCAGCAUCCUCCGAACCCGACCUUCAGUCCAAUUCUGCCUUUGCACUCAAACCAGAUAAGUCUCAGCCUUCGCAUUUACUCCACCGGGUGCGCGAGAAAGAAACACCAGAGCAGUAUGUGCACAGCCGUCCCGCUGCGUCGCCGUCUCCCUCACGUCCUUCAUCUCAAGAACCCGAACAGAGAUCAAACGAGUCUCAGGCUGACAGAGUGGAAACUCUUCCUCGCUUCUGUCCUCUGUCAGCAGCAGGAGACAAGCGCAUGGCUGCUGAGUGUGUCUCCUGUUCCAGUCUGAUGGAAGAGGUCCUUGUACAAUUCAGCCAACAAGAAAGGCUUUUAGAAAUGUCCACAAAAUCUGCAGAACGUCAGGCAGACAGAAGACCUGCAGCUGAGACUCGUGCAUCUUUGGAAGAGGAGGAUGAAGGUAGACCCUCAGCGAACGCCGCUGAGCCGAGCCAAGACGCCGCUCCUUACUCUGCCUCAUUCGACGAUCCACUAGGCCUGAUGUCUGAAGACGAAGACUACAGCAUCGAUCUAAAGCCAUACAUCUUCUUGCUGGGUGUUUCCCUCUCUCUGGUGUGGUGGAAACUCGUUAGCAGAGGGUAGAGAAGCUGCUCAAUAAACCGGAGAAGGAGCCAUCUUUGUCUUUAUAUCUUUAUUUGAAGCGUUCAAAGACUCUGGUCAGAGAAGCAGAAACCCGAUGUAAGUGUUUCACACAGUUAUUUACACACACACGCACAAGUAUGAGAUGAAGAACAAAAGAAAAUCAGAAGAGAAACAGGCCCGUAUACGGGGUACAAUGAUACCAAACAUCUAUUUGAGCCUGUUUCUUACACUUUAUUUAGAAACUCGUCUGCAUGCUUGAGCUGAGUAAAGGAAAUCAAACGGACACAUUUAAAGUUUUCCGCUACACUAGUGAUGCACUUCGGCUGCUUCUGGUUCUUCUGGAUUUGCUCCAAAGGUUCAGUCUGAUCUGCUGUCAAGCGAAGUGCCUUUUAAUGAUUCCACAAAGAAGCCAAUGAGUUCAAUAACGCUCACAUCUCUCUCUGAUUUGGUGCAAAAUUCAGACAUACAGAGGCUCAUAAAAGUGUUUAUCCCCGUUCAGCUGUUUCACAUUUUGUUACGCUGCAAAAACACAAAAUCUUACCAAAUAUUUCUGACCUAGUUUCUAUUUUAGUACACUUGAAAUGAGACAAAACUAACUUACAAUCAAGAUAUAAGAGCUUAUUUUAGGUAAAUAAUCCUGCAAAUUAUUUCAUUUAUAACAAAACUUUCACAUGUUAUACAAGCUAAAACUUUUUCAUCAAUAUUAAGGAAUUAUUGACUCAAAUUUCUUGCUAAAAAGUUACUUGGUUUUUCUUAUUUCUAGUGUGAGAUUGAAUGUUUUUGCAGUGUGUGCUACAACUACAGUGCAAACUUCAAACUAUUUCUUUGGGAUUUUAUGUGAUGGAUCAACACGAAGUAGUGGAUUACGGUAAAGUGGAUUCAUGCAGAGAUGCAGAGGAGCUAGUCAGAGCUAAAGAGGAGACGGAUGAAGCUAAAUACCGUGAGGAAAUCUGCAGGAAGCUGUGAAAUACUUCAGAUCAGGGCAGAGUUGACCUUCCACCUGAACAUAGAGCCAGAGAUCAAAUGAUCAGAGCAAAUUCAUGUCUUGGCUAAAUCCACUUACGGAUUUGUUGCAAGACUCAAAAACUGAGAUUUCCUUCAAAUCUGAGUUUCAUCUGUUUUGCUUAGAUUCAUUUUCAGAUUCUCGUUUGAAAAUAAUAAAACAAUGCAUGAUUUCAUGAACUACUUUAUUUAGAUCAAAAUAUGUUGAAGUUUGUCACUUUAAUUUAACCAAAAUAUGGAAAAUCUAAUGGGGAAUGAAGACUUUUGCAGACUUAAGUCAUGUAUGUAGCAGAAUAGCAAAAGGAAAGCACAAUUGUUUUCUGUAGACAAUCGAUGAAUUAUCUUUUCUUGUUGUGUGAAAAUAUUAAUAGUGUAUCAUGUGAUAUAGGCCAGUUAGUGUUAAGAUGCACUUUUUAUUGCACUCAUUGUGUGUAGCACAGGUUCAGGUAUUAAAAGAUGAAUAUAGCCAGUAAAAUUAAAAGUGACGCCAGUGAGAAAGUGCCUUAAAGUCUCUUAUUGAUUUCUGUUUUAUCUAUGAAACAUCUUUUGUAGAGAACGUUCACUCUUAAAAAAACAGCACCUUCUAAAGUGUUAUUAUUAUUAUUUCCUUAUGCGUUUCAGAAUUACAUUAAAAAUGGAUCUUAGUAAGACUGUUUAUUUUGUCAGAAAAACAUCCAACUGAUGAAUCCACAGUUUUUGAUCUAUUUAUGGCUUGCUGUUGAUUUUAUUAAGUCAAUAAAUUACUAACAUAUUCUGAUGUCCUCAUUCUUCUAGAAAAUGUUUCUUUUCUUAAUAGUUUCCAGUUUUAAAGCACAUAUUUACUAUUUUAAGAGUGGCUGUUCUCAAGUUGAUCCAGUUAACUGAAUUCCUAAAAUUGUAUUUGUAAAAAUAAAAAUACAAUAAAAGCCUCCGAUAUAGUUUCCAAAGAGAAAUAUACACUGCUCAAAAAAAUAAAGGGAACACUUAAACAGGUGUUUAACACUUAAAGUGUUCCCUUUAUUUUUUUGAGCAGUAUAUUUUGUUCAGGCAAGAAGAAGGCAACUUCUAUAAUCGUGAAAAUAGGCAAUUUCAUAUAAAAAACAGGUAAACUUGAUUAAUCUGCUCUAGAAAUAGUUUUUGUCUGAAUUAUAGUCCCAGGUAAAGUAACUUGGAGGUAAGAAGUACAAUUUUUACUUUAAAUGAUGUGUUUAUUUAUGCUUUUUGUGAAUUAUGUUCCCAGAUACAGAAAAACUAAUUGGUGUUGUUGCUCCAUUCAUCAGUGUUUCCCAUUUGAACUGGGAAGUAUGAAAAUAAACCAUAGCAUCCCUUAAAAUUGUAAAGUCGAGUUCAAAUUUCAACUUGGAAAGUUCCAAAAUGGCCGCCAUGCAUUUAAAAAACAGCAACAGCUUCACUUAAAAACUGUUUAUCUGCAUUUAUGAAAGGUUUAAUUUCAUUAAACACAAAGAGUUGCACACCUUCCUUUCAUAAGUUCAUAUUUCUGCAAGGUUCAAGUGUAGAAAAGGCAAGAAAAAUGCAGGAUUGUUACCUUUUUAUGCUAACAAUAUUUAGUCUCUGACCAAAGCAGCUAAUCAAACAAAUAUGGAAAUCUCACAUAAUUCACUUUAUUUUUAGCAGAUAUUUUGCCAAAUGUUUUCCAAAGAGGUGUGACUAUGCACCACAGCUCAUUUUUGCGUUAGCCGGCAACUUUUUGCUCCCCAGUUAGGAAUCCAAAAUGGCUGCCAUGUGUUCAGAAACUGCUGCUGUAAUAAAUUGUUUUGUAUCUCACACAAUGUCUGUUAUUGAACAUCCAGUUUCAUGUUUUGAAUGAGAAAUACAUUAUUAUCUUACAUCGCUAAUUUUAUUUAGCUUGACUGGUUUUCCAACUGCAACAAGGUCAAGUUGGCUGAUAUUUAGACCAAACCUCUGACGUCUGAGGUAAAUGUAACAAGAACUAGCCACUCAAUGUGCAUCACAGCAUGCCAGCUGCUAAAGCUAAUGGACCCAGCAUCCAGCAUAAAUAUAAAAGCUUGUGAUUUGCCUCUAACUGGUGCUAGUUUGUCUCUUUACCUGAACUUUUUUGACACAGUUAGAGGUUGAGCGAAUGCUGAAGCCUUUGGGUGUAAUGGUGCAAUAAAUUGAGAAUAUAUUUUUACAUUUUAAUCUCAUGGGAGAACUCUUCUGAGUGCUUAUGCAGGCAAAGCUUUACACCUGGCAGUGACUCAAACGAGGGAUAACGACACUCCUCCGUCUUUUCUAAAUAUGGUCUCUAAUGCAUCCAGAAUAUCAAGAUGGCAGCAACCAGCUGCCAGAAAGUUACGUUUUAAAAUGGUCCACAUGUCGUUGGCGACGCGUGCUUUUUUUUAUUUUAAGUUGUGGAGUAUUACAUUUUCAGUCUUGAAAUAGUUUUGUUUUCAAAGUGCAUGAAAAUGACUUUGCCUCAGUCACUAGUAAAUAAUGUCAGCUUAAGGAAAAAAUUGGAAUUAGAAGUGAUAUCGAUGACGGGAAUUCCUGUUGAUUCAUGCCAGUAAACUCUCGAUGUUGUUGCACCAAACUGUACAACUCUGUUUUGUGAACCUCACAAAUGAAUUUAAGCACAAAGUCAAAUGUUUUGAAGUGGUGAACGUUUUUGCAACGUCCCAAAAUUAAACCUGAUCCAAUCCCC